AUGUUUAAAAACCAGUACGACACGGAUACCACCACGUGGAGCCCAACCGGGAGGUUGUUUCAAGUGGAAUACGCAAAUGAGGCGGUGAACAAUGGCUCCGCUGCGGUUGGAGUUAAGGGCGCCGAUUAUGUCGUACUCACGGCCUUGAAACGCAAUCCCGUGUCAGGGCUAUCAUCCUAUCAAGAGAAGGCAUUCAAAUUGGAUGAGCACGUUGGCAUGGCAAUCAGUGGCCUCGUGGCAGACGGCCGUGCGCUCUCUCGUUUUCUACGUACAGAAUGUAUGAAUUAUCGCUACAUGCACGAUAGCGACGCUCCACUUGUUAUGCUUGCUGACAUGGUGGGCGCGAAGCACCAGCGCCACAUUCAAUUUGCGGGUAAGCGUCCCUUUGGUGUCGGUCUCUUAAUUGCCGGUUAUGAUCGCCAGGGGCCACGCCUUUACCAAACGGUGCCCUCAGGUGAUGUGUUUGAUUUUAAGGCAACCGCGAUGGGGUUGCGUUCUCAGGCAGCACGUACCUACUUGGAGAGGCACUUUAGAGGGUUUCCCGCGUGUGAUUUGGACGAGUUGGUUAUGCAUGCGUUGAGGGCUCUUGGCGCGGCGACCUCUGGUGGUGUAGAACUGAACAUUAAAAACACCACCAUUGCCAUUGUAGGAAAGGGCACCCCCUUUACUAUUCUCACGGAAGAAGAGGCGCGCAAGUAUCUGGAUGGGUUUAAGACGCGCCCAGAAGACAUCCCCGCCGUUGCAGACAACGAAGAGGAUGAUGAUGAAUUACACGAGCAACCCCCUGACGUUGAGGAGUGA